AUGACGCGAAUGGAUCACGCUUAUGAAAAACUUUUAGGUUCUCCUUCAGAUGGCUUUUUGUCGGAAUUUGUGACAGCAUGCAAAAGGGUUCAGUCGUGGGAGAUCUUUGGAAGCAUUGUCCUCAUUUAUUUCUCGUUUCAACUCUUUCAGCGAAUCAUUUUGCAACGGAAAUUUCGAGUCCUUCUGGCCGAAAAGCAAAAGCUUCUUCUGGAAGCUAGGACACGACUCCAGGAUCGUGUUCAAACUGAUCCUCUCUCUUCCACGCUCAAGGAUCUUUCUGCUCUUGAGAUUCACAAUAGGCUCCAAUAUCAGAAGAUAACUCCGUUUGAAGCUCUUCGUGUUUAUCAAAGAAGGGUUGUCGAUGUCCUAGAUUCUAAUUGCAUCUGUGAUGUGAUUGAGGAAGCUGAAGCAUCUGCCCAGUCAAUUGACUUGAAUUUUCACUCACCCAUUCGUGGGUUACCGGUUAGCGUGAAAGAAAACAUCGCUAUAGGCGGUUACGAUUCUAGUAUCGGAUUGAUGAGCCGUCUGCUCAAACCUGUCGGGAGCGACGGUGUGUUGAUUAAGGUUAUUCGUGGCGUUGGGGCCGUUCCCUUCGUUACCACAACCAUGAGUCCUACUGGUUAUUGCCUUGAUGGUUCAACGCAGAUUUUCGGGAAGCAGCGGAACCCUUAUGAUACUAGGCGUCUUGCUGGUGGAAGUUCAAGUGGAGAAGCAAUUCUUAUCGCUAAAGGGGCAUCACCUCUUGGUUUUGGCACGGAUAUUGCGGGCAGCGUCCGCUUACCGGCCGCGUUUUGCGGCAUAUGUGCUCUUAAGCCAACCACUCGUCGUGUGAGCACAAUUGGUGUCGAAUCUGUCUCACAAUCUGGGUGCAUUGCUCUGCGUCCCGUGUUUGGUCCCAUGGCUAGACAUACGCGUCUCCUUUCCGAUGCUAUGCGAGCUGUUCUCAGUCCUGUUAUGUUUGGUCUGGACCCGCGCACACCUCCUCUUUCAUUCUCGGAAGGUGUUUUCUCAUCCAACAAACCUCUGAUAAUUGGAUUCUAUACUAAUUUCGGUGGCGAUAUUGCAAUUAAGGUUGUGCCUUCAGUGGAGUCUGCUCUUUCUCGUGCAAAAGCCUGUUUGCAGGCUAAGGGUCACACGUUGGUGGAUUUUCAAGUGCCAGAUCCCGACAAAUUAGUCAGUCUUUCCAUGAAAAGCAUGCUAGGUGAUGGUGGAAUUGCCCUCUGCAAGGCAGCGCGUUGCGAUCCUGUCAAUCCUCGUCUUCGACGCACCUACUUUCUCCUAGGAAUACCUGCUCUUCUCAGACGGAUGGCUGGGCGGCUUGUUUCUACUUUUUUUAGUAAGUCUAUUGGUGAGGUGAUUUGUGCGUCUACGGGCUGUCAAACGGCUUUGGAGGUGUUCACCGUUUCUAAAGAAGUUGAGAAGUAUCAGGACGCCUUUGCAGAAGCCUGGGCAUCUGCGCAAAUUGAUGUCCUUCUUUGUCCUGCCUUCCCCUUUCCUGCCCCACUUGAGACCACUCCGGAUGUUCUUAUAGCUAGUGCUGUGACAUUUACAUCAAUUUACAACCUGUUAGAUUACCCUUCGGGUGUAGUUCCGGCGUCCAAGGUAAGCGAAGAUGAAGUGGUUGCUGCCAAAAAACUUGAAGGUGAGUAUCGCAAAUCAGGGGACUGGUUGAAUGCAACACACGCAAAACUACAGAGUGAUACGAAGGGACUUCCAGUUGCGGUACAAGUAGUUGGAAAGCCGUUAGAUGAAGAGACGGUUUUGCGAGUGAUGCAAGAAAUUGAGGAGGGUCUUCAUUUGGAGUAA